AUGGACCAAUCCUGUCCUCCUCCUGUGUCCUCCUCCUCCCGUGUCCUCCUCCUGUGUCCUCCUCUUGUGUCCUCCUCCUGUGUCCUCCUCCUGUGUCCUCCUCCUGUGUCCUCCUCCAGUGUCCUCCUCCUGUGUCCUCCUCUUGUCCUCCUCUUGUGUCCUCCUCCUGUGUCCUCCGCUUGUGUCCUCCUCUUGUCCUCCUCUUGUGUCCUCCUCCUGUGUCUUCCUCCUGCGUCCUCCUCCUGUGUCCUCCUCUUGUGUCCUCCUCCUGUGUCCUCCUCCUCCUGUGUCCUCCCCCUGCGUUUUCCUAUCGUGUGCUCAUCCUGUGUCCUCCUGUCCUUGUCUCCCUUUGUCCUCCUUCUGUCCUCCUCCUCGUCUCCAGACUCCGUCCUCCUCCAAAGCAAAGGUCACCUCCUUCUCUGGAUGUACUGUGUCCUGUGUUAG